GUGUUUAAAAACCUGCCUGCUCUUGACUAUCUUGCUGCUUGUGUUGGUGUCUGUAAAGGAAAAUACGGACGCAAGAAAUUAGACAGCUUCGUAGGUGGUAAUCAUGAACGACAGAAGUGCUCGAAACCAUGAAACCUGAUGCGCAUUUGCUAAAUACGGAAAGCAAAUUGUCUCCAGAAGUUCAGCCUUUCGUGCCUAACCAUUUGAAGGACCAGAGGCCCAUAGGAACAGCAUCAGCUACCCAUGGCAGCUUAACAGGAACACGUCAAUGUUUCCAAGAACCUGGCCAGAGAGGAGCUGUGCCCAGGGACAGAGGGCCCCGGAGUGAUCUGUGGAGCAUCUCCUCUCAUUUCAGCAGAGAGAAGGGCCAAGCCAAGGACAGCCAGUCAAGUCAAGUGAACCGACAUGGCUAUAGCAGCUCUCGCCGGGCCAAAAAGGCUCCCCGGACUAAGCACCCAACCCUGGAUUGCUCACACUCUGAGCAGCCCAGACAGGCAUCCCAGCCGAGCACCGAGUUCAUCUCCCAGCAGACUAGAAGAUCCCUGUAUGUGAAGGAAACCACUUUGUCUAAAGCAGAAAGCAUCAAGGUCCAGCAGAGGGACUCGGACUCUUUUGAAGUUAAACUGUCAGAUUUCCCAGAGCUGGGUUUACCUGGCCCUGGCCGAGGGGGGCUUGCAGCCUCUCCUGUAGCCCCCCCUUCUGCUCCACAAACUCCUGGCACGAACACUUCAUUAGGUAAAGGACAAACUGCUGACUCCCUUCAGAGAACUCAGACACCUAGGAGCCAGGAAACGGUGUUAAAAUCCAUCCGAGGUCACACACCCGGGCCUCUGGGUUCUACCCCCACAUCAUCCGCUGCCUCCUGGGCCACCGUAGCCUGCCAGCCCCCAAAACGGACCAGUCCCAGACCUGCAGGAACCAUCUCGAAGCCUCCAUCAGCUUCAAAGGAGGAGACGAAAAAUGAGGGACCAGAGAAAACCUCAGAGAAGAAGAAACGGAACAAGAAGAAGAAGAAGUCUAAACAAGCGGACGAGAGUGAAGAAGCGAAGUCUGAGGUCCUGGGCGUGGAGCAAGAACCUCCAAAGUUCGAGGAUGAAGAGGAAUUCCCCAAUCUGACUCAUGACGUGGUUGGUUGUACCAAAGGGCAAAGCCCCGCCCCUUCCCGUCUGGCUCAGAAUCCAUCCAAGAUGCCCAGGGAGUGUGGAUCGACCCGGGACAGCAGAGAUGUCACCUCCUAUGUGGAUGGGCCCCCCCAUCAAGACAUGCGUGGAAAAAGCAGAGCCCCAGGCAGCAAACUCCCACUGCCAGCCUCACCCACCACUGACAGCAAAAAGGACCAGAAGCCUGAGAAGACAAGUGGCAAGAAGAGCAAGGUUCCUGUGCAGCUGGACCUGGGGAACAUGCUGGCUGUGCUAGAGCAGAAGCAGAUUUCCCAGAAGUCCAAGCAGGAAUGUAAACCAAUCAUCCUCUCAGUGGGGAGUGGCCCCCCAGUAGCUCAGAAGGAUUCUGCUCAGAAGAAGCACCCAUGGCAGCCUGAGAAAAUUGCCCAUAACCCAUUGGACUCUACCAGCCCCUUGGUGAAGAAGGGCAAGCAGAGAGAAGUGCCCAAAGCCAAGAAGCCCACGCCUCUCAAACGGAUCAUAUUGAAAGAGCGUGAGGAGAGGAAGCAGAAGCGGCUGCUGGAGGAGCGUGGCUCGGACGGCCCGGUCUCUGACUCUCUGCUGCUCUCUGCUGAAGAGGUGGAACUCGAAGGUGUGACGUCGGAGCUGGACGAGCAGGGUCCCUCGGGUGAUGAUGAGCCGUGUGAAGAUUAUCCAGAGGAGCACGGACCUCCAGAUGCAGAGCAGCCAGACACGGAGCAACCUGCAGACACGAAGCCUGAGCAGGUGGAAGUCGAGCAGCAGCCAUCGAAGGACAGCGUCCUUGGGGAUGCAGAUGCCGUCCAACAGCCCAAAAUUCACAGCCGGAAGUUCAGAGACUACUGUAACCAAAUGCUCAACAAGGAUGUGGACGAGAGCGUGACGGGCCUGCUGAAGGAGCUGGUACGCUUUCAGGACCGCCUCUACCAGAAGGACCCCAUGAAGGCCCGCAUGAAGCGCCGACUGGUCAUGGGCCUGAGGGAGGUACUCAAGCAUCUCAAGCUCAGGAAGGUUAAAUGCGUCAUCAUAUCCCCGAACUGUGAACGCAUCCAAUCAAAAGGCGGGCUAGAUGAAACCCUCCACACCAUCAUUGACACGUGUCGCGAGCAGUCUGUGCCCUUCGUCUUCGCGCUGUCGCGGAAGGCGCUUGGCCGCUGUGUCAACAAGGCCGUGCCAGUGAGUCUGGUGGGCAUCUUCAACUAUGACGGCGCACAGGAUCUUUACCACAAAAUGAUUGAGCUGUCGUCAGAAGCCAGGAAGGCCUACGAGGUGAUGAUCGCAAACUUAGAAAAAACUUCAGCAGCAACGGAGGAGGUUUCGGAUAACCAGUUGAAUGCUGACACAGCUUCAGAGCUGACUGAAACUGAAGAACCAGAAUACAUAAAGAUCUGGAAGAAGAUGUUGGAGAAGGAACAUAAUCAUAAGUUUUUGAACUUCGAGAAGCAGCUGCCCACAAGCACCGUGGGUCAUGAACCAACGCUAGAGUGUGAAGAUGAAGGGAGCUGAUGGUGCAGUGCCCUAAUCAGUGGGUGGAGUCCUGCCCUUCACACUAAUCUUGGCUUCUUCCAACUCCUUUGUUUUUGUAACCUCUUACCCUGAGUCUCCUACCUUUAUGAACUUUUCAAACUACCUGGACUGUGUCCUUUGACGUCAAGCAGAAAAUAUUGAGGUAAUUGAGGAAAAAUUGGACUAUUAGUCCAAGACCAAACAAUUUGCCAGAUGUAAACUUGAAUGAUUUCUUUUCUAUAUUUUUGCAUUAUUGCACAAAAUGAUGAAUUCAAAUGGAGAAGGGGUUAACGCUUGAACAGGAAAAUUUGAAGAUAUAAUUUUAACAAGCUUAAUACAUUGCUUUGUAUUAAAGUUUGAGUUGUGGGUGGAGUUAAA